AUGGCAACACGAUUUGUUUCUCCCGAGAAACACGAUCAGGCACAAGACGCUCCAGCAACUUCGGAAAGUGCUUCAGGCUACCAACCCGGCCAUCCUGGCUCCCAUCCACCCGCAGAACAUCAGCAAAACCAGUCUCAUACUCAUGCAUCUGAAUCUGGUAGAAGUCGCACCCGGCCUGGCCCUUCUCAUCAACUCCCAGACGCUCAGCCAACGGAUGAUCGGCCACCUGGUCUCGCUUUUCCACCAGAGCCAUCAAAGGAUGUUCCUGUCACGCGUCAGGUUCUCGCUUCAUACGCCCCUGAGGCUCCUGCCCAUCAGCUAUCAGCCUUCGUUCAGCCUGUUUCCCAUCAACUCCGACAUGACCUUUCCCAUCCCUACGCAAUACCUGGCCACCAAUUUACCGAUCAUGCGUAUUCAAACCCUCCGACAAACGUGUUUCCCGCGCUCCUUCCAAGCUUAAUCUCCUGGAUCGACCAAGAUACAGUCCGCAAUUACCUCACUAUUGCCGCCGUUCAUCACAGAGAUAUCCGCGACAUGGUAGAAAGAGAGUACGAAAGGAUUGUAGAGGAACACGAGGCUAGGAAUAAAGAAGAUGCCGACAUCUUGUCCUUCGCUCAGGAGCGCAUAAGGGUACAAAAGACUCUCGACCAGGAGUAUGAAACCCUUCCAGAUCCCAUGAAAUGGGAGAUACUUGAUCAGGCGCUCGACACGAUCAAUCGAAAUAUCAUGGCCAUUCCUCCCCUUGUGCGACCGGGAAGCAAUUGGAAAACCAAGUUCAAUGCUUUCCUCAACCUCGUCUGGAUAGGCAGCGCGAUAGUAGAUGGUGACGGCAUGCUCCCCGCUGUAAUCAGAUCUCAUAUGGUCGAUGGUUCUGAACUCGUGAAGGCGCUUUAUCAUGUCUGUGCGAUGAUGAGUGAGGCGGAGGUCUCGAACGACGGUACUCAUCUUCUGGAAAACUUGCUAGGGCUCGAAAGCAUUCGAGGACAUUGGUUUCAGGGUCUUGAAAGAAUUGUGGACAUGUUUCGGAAAAUUAUGCAGCAAGGCAGGGUGAGCUGA